CCCCCCCCCUCCCACUCCCCAUGCUCUACUUUCCUCUGUAAAAGUCUCAGCUCUCAGCUAAUACAAGAAUGGAAUCGAUGCAAAAUCCUUUUUUAAAUUAAUUACUUGCUUGUCUCUGAAGGAAAAGAAAAGAAAAGCGAAAGGGGAAACAAAAUACGCAACAGAAAUCAGAGUGUCUAUUUUCACUUCCAUUUGCCAUUUUCUCCAACAAUGGUGAAGAGAUGGCAACAUAUUCUUCUUCACCAGCUGUUGCUGUUUCUUUCAAAAGCUUUUGUUCUGCUUUCGCUUUGCACAUCAAUUGCUUCUUCUAAACCUGCAAACCCUGCACUCCCUCAAGCUUCAAGGCCGCUGAACUCCACAUUGCCCUCCGAUGCUCUUGCGCUUGUCGAUUUCAAAUCUAAAGCCGAUUUGAACAACAGCCUCCCGUUCACUGCAAAAAACGCCUUGUAUUUCUGCAAAUGGACCGGGGUUCAAUGCGCGCAAUGGAAAGUGGUGCGACUCGUAGUCCAGGGUCUAGAUCUUGGUGGUGUUUUUGCUCCUGAUACAUUGACUCGCCUUGACCAGCUCAGAGUCCUCAGUUUGCAGAACAACUCGCUUAGAGGACCCAUUCCCGAUCUUUCCGGACUCAAGAACCUCAAGAGCCUCUUUCUUGAUCACAAUGCCUUCUCGGGUUCUUUCCCACCUUCCAUCUUGAUGCUCCAUAGGCUCCGUACUCUAGAUUUGUCCUACAACAAUCUCACCGGACCAUUACCCACUUGGCUAACAAUGAAAGAGCGGCUCAACUAUCUCCAUCUCGAAUGGAAUCACUUCAACGGAUCGGUCCCUGCUCUUAACCAGUCCUCGCUCCAAGAUUUCAACGUUUCGGGUAACAAUCUCACCGGUGCAGUACCGGUGACGCCAACAAUGCUACGCUUCGGACCAUCCUCAUUCACAUGGAACCCGGGUCUGUGCGGCGAGAUCAUUCACAAAGAGUGCCGCCCAAGCGCACCGUUUUUCGGCCCAACUUCGUCGGAAGCAUCAGCUCCACCGCCACCGACGGUUGCACUUGAUCAGAGCGGACAGGUACGCGGCGUUGAGUUGGCUGAGCCAUGUGAAAAGAAGCGCAAGAGAACGAAGGUGAUUAUUGGGUUUUCAUGCGGGGUGUUCGUACUGAUCUGUUCGCUCCUCUGCUUCGUGAUGGCCCUGAAGAAACAGAGGAAGCAAAAGGGCAUGUCCCCAAUAAUGGCGGCUGAUGUCGCGGCCGCGGAACAAGCCGCAGCGGUGAUGCAGAUUGAGGAAGAGAAGGAGUUGGAGCAGAAGGUGAAGAAAGUGCAAGGAUUGCAGGUGGCGAAGAGUGGGAACUUGGCUUUCUGUGCGGGUGAGGCACAGCUUUACUCGCUGGAGCAGCUAAUGAGGGCUUCUGCGGAGUUGCUUGGGAGAGGAACCGUUGGGACCACAUACAAAGCGGUGUUGGAUAACCGUCUGAUUGUGAGCGUGAAGAGGCUGGAUGCGACCAAAUUGGCGGGCACAACUUGGGAGGUAUUCGAGCGCCACAUGGAAUCUGUGGGAGGUCUGAGGCAUCCAAAUCUGGUUCCGCUGAGGGCAUAUUUUCAGGCCAAGGAAGAGAGGCUCCUUAUUUAUGAUUACGAGCCCAAUGGCAGUCUCUUCUCUCUCAUUCACGGUUCAAAAUCAACGGGGGCAAAGCCGCUACAUUGGACGUCAUGCUUGAAAAUAGCAGAGGAUGUUGCACAAGGACUUUCCUACAUCCACCAAGCAUGGAGGCUAGUCCAUGGCAAUCUCAAGUCCUCCAAUGUCCUCCUGGGCCCCGAUUUUGAGGCAUGUGUUACCGACUACUGCCUCUCCGUCCUCACCAAUUCGUCGUCUGAGAACGACGACCCGAACUGUGCCGUCUACAAAGCCCCCGAAACUCGGAAUUCCAAUCAUGAAGCCACGUCGAAGUCGGAUGUAUACGCAUUUGGGAUAUUGGUGCUGGAGCUUCUGACGGGGAAGCCUCCAUCACAGCUACCGUAUCUUGCUCCGGAUGAAAUGAUGGAGUGGCUGAAGAAGGCGAGGGAGGAGGAGGGUGGGGAAGAUAACAGGAUGGAAAUGCUGGUUGAGGUUGGUAUAGCUUGUAGUUUAACUUCGCCUGAGCAAAGGCCCACGAUGUGGCAGGUUCUGAAAAUGUUACAGGAGAUUAAAGAGACUGUAUUAAUGGAAGACAGUGAGUUGGACCCCCAUGCUGGGAUGUCCUAGUCUCCUACCCACACACCCUUUUCUGUCAUUCAUAGAUAAAAGAUAUACAUAAAACAGAAUGCAUUUGUAGUUUAGCUUUUGCUACUUUUUUUAAACCGAGAUUGCAUUUCUUCUUUACUUUUUUUUUGCCUUCUUGGUUCUAUAUCAUCUUGAAUGCAAUAUAUAUAUAUAUUUUUUUU